AUGUCUUAUUUUUUAUAUGAAAACAAAGGUACUACCGCAUUUUCAUAUGGUUUUGCAAGCAUUAUAAACGCUGCACUCGUACUCGAUGGAAAAUCGUCAUUAAGUGUCGGAGGACAAGUAGGUGUUGGUAUAGCAGUUACAUUUAUAUGGGCCAUUCAAAAUGCACUUCGAAUCGAUCUGCAAGGAUGGAUCAAUAACGUAGCGGCAUUUUUUCAAAUCAGUUCUGCAAUCAGCAUCGCAAUUGUUCUCCUCGUCAUGGCUCCACGACGAGCCACUGCUGAAGACGUUUUUACAUUGACUUAUAAUGGUACAGGAUUUUCAUUUGGCUAUGUUUGCUGUAUUGGAAUACUUUCAACAGUUUUUUCAUUUUCCGGCUAUGAAGGUAUAUAA